AUGAAAAGACUUGCUGAUUGUUUUCAAUUUGAGGCUGAUGGUGCUGCUAGAAGGAUGUCAGUUUUUGAUGAACUUAAAAAGGUUGAUGGGCUAACAAAUGAACAACGAGUUACUUGUGGAAGAAUUCUUGUCCAAAAUCAAGCUAAUACUGGCUACUUCUUCACUUUAGAUGAAGAAUUCAACCAUAUCCAUGAUGUUGGUGUGGAAGCUUCUCAUAAUAUAUAUCCAGAAUAUCAGUCUCUGGAUAAUGAUGAAGUGAAUCCAAUCCAUAGAACUGGAUACCAUUUCCAACCUCAAAAGCAUUGGAUCAAUGACCCAAAUGGUCCUAUGUACUUCAAUGGAAUUUAUCAUCUAUUUUAUCAAUACAAUCCAUGGGGAGCAGAAUGGGGCAAUAUUGUUUGGGCACAUUCAGUAUCCAAAGAUAUGAUCAACUGGGAAUCUCUUGAACCUGCUGUUCUUCCUGGUAACAAGCCUGUCAUCAUGUACACAUGUAUUGAUCUUACUAUUAGACAACUCCAAAACUAUGCCAUACCCAAAAAUGUGUCUGAUCCAUACCUUCGAGAAUGGAUCAAACCAGACAACAACCCAAUAGCAGUGCCAGACAAAAGUGAAAACGCUAGUGCUUUUCAUGACCCAACAACUGCUUGGAAAGGUGGAGAUGGUCACUGGAGAAUAGUGGUUGGAGGCAAAAGAAAUCAUAGAGGGAUGGCACAUUUGUAUAGAAGCAAAGACUUUAAGAAUUGGAUCAAAGCUCGACACCCUCUGCACUCAGUCCCACAUACUGGCAUGUGGGAAUGUCCUGAUUUUUACCUAGUUUCACUCUCUGGCAGCAAAACUGGUUUGGACACUUCUGCUAUGGGACAAAAUAUUAAACAUGUAUUCAAA